CUGCCAUCAAACAACAGAUUUUUGUCCGAAGCCUAAAGAACAACUCGAAGUGCAAGCGAGUGCUGCAGAUCACGCAUUCGGUGCCAUUGUUGGUUUUUUUUCUCAUCUUCACUCUGGGCUUGUCAGAUUUGCCACCAUUGUAAGCAAAGUUUCGUGGAGCUCGCAGGACAUCAUCCGGGAGGGCGUGUGUGUGAGCGGAUUGUUACAAUGUCGGGCGUUGUAAAGCAUAUCUUGUUGCUGAAGUUCAAGGACUCUAUCAGCCCUGACGAACAAACCGCCCUUAUUCAAAAAUAUGCGGCGCUUCCCAAUUCCAUCUCCGCCAUGAAGGGCUUCGAAUGGGGCACGGACAUCAGCGUGGAGAACAUGCACCAAGGCUUCACCCACGCUUUCAUUUCAACUUUCGAUUCUCCACAAGGACGCGACGAAUACCUGGUUCACCCUGUGCAUGACUCCUUUGCCAAGGAGCUGCUCGGAGCCGUGGACAAUGCCCUCGUCUUCGACUUCAACCCGACAGUUGCUCUCAAGGCAAAUUCUUAGAAGCUUUGCUGCUUGGGCUUGUGGAGGAUGCUUGCGACACCAGGUCUGCCUAUAUCAUGCUUGCUGGCAAGCCCAAAACCAUCAUCUAAUUGUAAUAAUCUGGUGACCUCGAAGCUCUUCGGUAGCUUUGUAUGUAGCUGUUUUUGUUGCAAACUCACCUAAAUUUGUCUUGCAUUUCAUCUCAUCAUUGUGGAGUGACAUAUACUAUUAUAUAAACCUUGAUUUACACAAA